AUGCCUUCGCCAUCCGAAAGACCAAAGGGCGUCAACCUGAACAUCACUCUGGUUUGUCCAGAGUGCAAGGUGUAUCCGCCAGAGAUUGUAGAGAGACACAGCGAGGGGGAUAUCGUGUGUGCUCUCUGCGGCCUGGUGUUGAGUUCGCGAAUAAUAGAUACUCGCUCUGAAUGGAGAACGUUUGCCAACGAUGACCAGAACGGAGACGACCCGUCGCGUGUGGGAGAGGCCACAAACGGAGUGCUCGACUCAGACCAGCUGUCUACGGUUAUCAGCGCUGGAGUGGACGGAAACCGCGCGGCCAAGGAGCUGAACCGGAUCCAGAACCGCAGUGUCGUUGAUAGAAAGGACUACGCAUUACAGUCGGCGUACUCGAAGAUCUCGCAACUCUGUGACGGAUACCAGUUGCCGCGUGUUGUCCAGGACGGCGCCAAAGAGGUGUACAAGCUGGUGCACGACGACAAGAUGUUGAGGGGAAAGAGCCAGGAGGCCAUCAUGGCCGCCUCGAUUUUUUUUGGGUGUCGUAAGGCGGACGUGCCCAGAACGUACAACGAGAUCUGGGCGCUGACGAACGUGCCGAAGAAGGAUAUCGGGAAGGUGUUCAAGAUCAUCAAGCAGAUCAUUCAGAGGAAAGACGCAGAGCAGGACGGACUCAUCACUCGCCGCAACAACAAUAUCUCCACCACACAGACCAAUCCGGAGGACCUGGUGGGCCGGUUCUGCUCGCACCUGGGUCUGUCGCCGCAGAUCACCACCUCUGCACAGCACAUUGCUCGCACGCUCAAGGAGCUGGGUGUGCUGGAGGGACGGUCGCCCACCACGAUCGCUGCCACGGUUAUCUAUUUUGCGACGGCCAUUUUCAAACAGCAGAUCCCGCUGUCGCGGAUCAGCGAGAAGACCGGUGUUUCUGAGGGAACCAUCAAGUCGUCGUAUGUGCACAUGUCUGCUUCCCGGGACAAGCUGGUCGACCAGUCGUGGAUUGACUCGGGCAAGGUCGACAUGUCUGCGCUCACUUGA